UGCUGGAAAUACAGACGGUCAUGCAUUCCCCGCCCAAGUGAUAUGUUCUAUGGAAAAAUUAUGCCAGCACUUAAAGAAGAAGGUAUUCGAAGAGUGAUCUCAAGAAGGGAUUGGCCUCACGAAGUCAAACGGAAGGUUCUUCUGGGAAGGAAACCCCAAGACAACUACUUUGACAGGAAAUGUGGUGCGCCAGCGAAGGGUUUAGAGGUUUUAGUUUGAAGACUAGAAGGUUUUCUAGUAGUGUAGCAGCCAUGAGCAUGGUAGGCCAUCUAGGAGAUAGACAUUUGGAUAACAUUCUUAUGGACUUCUGCAGUGGCGAUGUAAUCCAUAUAGAUUACAAUGUUUGCUUUGAUAAAGGAAGAGACUGAAAAUCCCGUCCCUUUUCAUCUUACUCAGAUAAUUGAGACGGCACUAGGAUUGAUAGGAAUCGAAGGUUCUUUCAGGGCUAACUGUGAGGCAGUUAUUGAGAUUCUUCGCAAGAACAAAAAUAUUCUCUUGAUGUUGUUGGAGGUAUUUGUCUGGGACCCCUUGGUGGAGUGGACACGGGGAGAUAACCAUGAUGAAGCAGCAAUAGGCGGUGAAGAGAAGAAAGGAAUGGAGCUUGCUGUCAGUCUUAGCUUAUUUGCCUCUCGAUUUCAAGAAAUCCGUAUUCCUCUGCAGGAGCAUCGUGAUCUUCUGGUAUCUACCUUACCGGCUGCUGAAUCUGCUCUCAGGAACUUCUUGGAUGUCCUAAAUCAAUAUGAAAUCAUAUCUACAAUUUUCUAUCAUGCCGACAAAGAGAAGUUAAGUCUUCUGCAACAUGAGGCAUCGGCAAAGUCAAUUGUUGCUGAGGCAACUGCUAUAUCAGAAAAAUCUAGGGUGGUCUUUGAAGCUCAGGCACAUGAAUUUGGACAAGCAAAAGCUGUGGCAGCCAAGAAAGCACAGGAAGCAACUAUUUGGGUGGAUCAACAUGGAAGGGUCCUUGAUGCAUUGCGGACUGGUUCCAUUCUAGAGGGCCAACUAUUCAUGAGAUUGAGUGGCAUGGAGGAGGUUUUAUCUCUUGCAUCUGCUGUUCUUGUGUCAGGUGUUCCAUCAACGGUUGUUCCUGAGCCGACACAAGAACAGUGCUCUGACAUAGAUAAGGAAGUUCGUCGUCUGAUUAUUGAGUUAGAUAAUGGUAUUUCUUCUGCUGUAGAAACACUUCGCGAGUAUGCCUUCUCAUUGCAAAGAGUUCUUCCUCAAAAUUACAUUACAACUAAACCAGUUAACGGAUGGGCACAGAUUAUGCAGUUAUCAGUCAAUAACCUUUCAGGUGAUAUCUUUUCUCUUGCGAGAAGACAGGCUGCUGUCCUUAUUGCUAAAAUUGAAGAUGAGUGCUCAGAAAUGAUGAGGUCUGUUGGAUCAGAUAUUGAGUCAAAAUCUAAAGAGCGCUUGCUCUCCGCUUUCACAGAGUAUAUGCAAUCUACCGAGUAUUCAAGCAAAGAUGAUUUGUCCAUUGGUUUUUCAGGCCAACAAAAAUACAAGGCGACAACAGAUAGACUAAGGGAGUUGGAUAUGAAAAAAAAUGAUGGUUUUACUUGUACCACAUAUGGCUGCAAAUGA